CGCAUGUCGCAAACGGCAUGCCCCGUGGGGGAUGGGCGAUCGGAGGCACCAGAUAUGCCUUCCAUGGAGACUGACACCAUCAUCGUCGGUAUGUCGCCAUCUGCCUGUUAUCGGAGAGGCUGGAUUUUUCACUUCCCCUGGUCCGUGUUAUCGUGCUGACGAGCCCCCCACAGGGAACGGGCCGUCGGCCAUGAUCUUGUCGUAUCUGCUUCAUGGUCAUAUUCCUUACUAUUCGGCCAAUCCACCACAUCCAGAUCCGCUGUUGCAUGCGA